CCCCAAUGCGCGGCGGCCGUGCGACGGGAUUGGUGGCGCUCCGAUAAAGCCCGCCUUCCUCUCGCCCGCGCGGCAGCGGGUCUCAAGAGCCGAGAGCUUUUGAGGGCCUUGGCUGGUUGCGGCGGCGUCGGGGCGGUGAGGGUCGGCCGUCUGUGGUCGGGCUGCGGGCGGCUCGGGCAGGUCGCGGGCGCCACAGGGUCUGCAAGCAUAGACAAUUCCUGUGACACUUUCUUACUGUUUCCAGAGCUGCUUCUACAUCUUUGUUUUGGAGAACUGUCCCAACACCUGGUGCAGUCACCUAUACCUGGUAUAGUUGUGGAAGAAGAAAGGUGCCAAUGUGGCAUGAAGAUAGACUCUCUUAGACGCCAAUCUUUUAAGCUGAGUGCAUUGUGAUUUCCAAUAAUUGAGGCAGUGGUUCUAAAAGCUGUCUACAUUAAUGAAAAGAGCAAUGUGGCCAGCUUGACUAAGCCGCCAGUGUGUGCAGCGCGGGCAGGACGCCACCGGGUCUCGACGGACUUGUGCAUGUUAGCAGUAUAGAUUUAUGUAAGGUGGUUUAAAACUCUGGUGUUUUAAAAUAGUCUUAACUGCUCAUAAUAUGGAGACAUAUGAGAGUCCCUCUCCUCUCCCGCAUGAGCCCACAGGAGAAGCUAUGAUGGAGAACCGAGCUUGCCCCUUCCAAGUGCUGCCCCAUGAACAGUCUCCACCACCUCCCCUGCAAACGUCCAGUGAUGCAGAGGUAAUGGACGUUGGCUCUGGUGGUGAUGGACAGUCCGAACCUCCUGCCGAGGACCCAUUCAACUUCUACGGAGCUUCUCUUCUCUCCAAAGGAUCCUUCUCUAAGGGCCACCUCCUCAUAGACCCGAACUGUAGUGGCCACAGCCCACGCACUGCCCGGCACGCACCCGCAGUCCGGAAGUUCUCCCCUGACCUUAAGUUGCUUAAGGAUGUAAAGAUUAGUGUGAGCUUUACUGAGAGCUGUAGGAGUAAGGACAGGAAGGUGCUGUACACAGGAGUAGAACGCAGCACUCGGGCUGAAUGUAGCCUACUCCUUAGUCCUGUCAGUGGGGACGUGCAUGCUUGUCCCUUUGGCGGGAAUGUUGGUAAUGGGGUAGGCCUAGGGGGUGAGAGUGCAGAUAAGAAGGAUGAGGAAAAUGAGCUGGAUCAGGAAAAGAGAGUGGAGUAUGCAGUGCUCGAUGAGUUAGAAGAUUUUACUGACAAUUUGGAGCUAGAUGAAGAAGGAACAGGCGGGUUCACGGCUAAAGCAAUCGUUCAAAGAGACAGAGUGGAUGAAGAGGCCUUGAAUUUCUCCUAUGAGGAUGACUUUGACAAUGAUGUGGAUGCUUUGCUAGAAGAAGGUCUUUGUGCUCCCAAGAAGAGGCGAAUGGAGGAAAAAUAUGGCGGAGACAGUGAUCAUCCAUCUGAUGGAGAGACAAGUGUUCAGCCAAUGAUGACCAAGAUUAAAACAGUGCUCAAGAGUCGUGGCCGUCCACCUACAGAGCCAUUGCCUGACGGAUGGAUCAUGACUUUUCAUAAUUCUGGAGUCCCUGUAUACCUGCAUAGAGAGUCUCGAGUUGUUACCUGGUCCAGACCCUAUUUCUUGGGAACAGGAAGCAUACGGAAACACGAUCCUCCUCUAAGCAGUAUCCCCUGUCUGCAUUAUAAGAAAAUGAAGGACAAUGAGGAACGGGAGCAAAGCUGUGAUCUCACACCCAGUGGGGAGGUGUCACCUGUCAAGCCCCUGAGUCGGUCUGCAGAGUUGGAUUUCCCUUUGGAAGAGCCUGACUCCAUGGGUGGAGACUCGGGGUCCCUGGAUGAGAAGGACCCAUUGGGGGGUGAGGCAGCCCCUGGAGCCCUGGGACAAGUGAAGGCUAAAGUUGAGGUGUGCAAAGAUGAAUCAGUUGAUCUGGAGGAAUUUCGUACCUACCUGGAGAAGCGUUUUGACUUUGAGCAAGUAACUGUGAAAAAAUUCAGGACUUGGGCUGAGCGGCGUCAGUUUAACCGUGAGAUGAAGCGGAAGCAGGCAGAGUCAGAGAGGCCCAUCUUGCCAGCCAACCAGAAGCUCAUCACUUUAUCUGUGCAAGAUGCACCUACAAAGAAAGAAUUUGUCAUCAAUCCCAAUGGGAAGUCUGAGGUCUGCAUCCUGCACGAAUACAUGCAGCGUGUCCUCAAGGUCCGCCCAGUUUAUAAUUUCUUUGAAUGUGAGAAUCCAAGUGAGCCCUUUGGUGCCUCGGUGACCAUUGAUGGUGUGACUUACGGAUCUGGAACUGCAAGCAGCAAAAAACUUGCCAAGAAUAAAGCUGCCCGAGCCACCCUGGAAAUUCUCAUCCCUGACUUUGUUAAACAGACCUCUGAGGAGAAGCCCAAAGACAGUGAGGAACUGGAGUAUUUUAACCACAUCAGUAUUGAGGAUUCACGAGUCUACGAACUGACCAGCAAGGCCGGGCUGUUGUCUCCGUAUCAGAUCCUCCAUGAGUGCCUUAAAAGAAACCAUGGAAUGGGUGACACAUCCAUCAAGUUUGAAGUGGUUCCUGGGAAAAACCAGAAGAGUGAAUAUGUCAUGGCAUGCGGCAAACACACAGUGCGCGGGUGGUGUAAGAAUAAACGAGUUGGGAAACAAUUGGCCUCUCAGAAAAUCCUUCAGCUGCUGCAUCCACAUGUCAAGAACUGGGGAUCCUUACUGCGCAUGUAUGGCCGUGAGAGCAGCAAAAUGGUGAAGCAGGAGACCUCUGACAAGAGUGUGAUAGAGCUACAGCAAUAUGCCAAGAAGAACAGGCCCAACCUUCACAUCCUGAGCAAGCUGCAAGAAGAGAUGAAGAGGCUGGCUGCAGAGCGGAUUGCCAGGGAAGCAGCAGCACAUGGGAGUCUACCCUGGCAUUCUGAGGAGACCCUCCUGGCCUGGCCCAACCCAGCCCGCUCCCUGUACCUUCCCUCCUAGCCAGGAGGAGACACGGAAGAAGCCCAAGAUGUCAAUUGUAGCAUCUGCCCAGCCUGGCGGUGAGCCUUUGUGCACAGUGGAUGUAUGAGGUAGGCGGCAUGGGCCAACAGUGCUACCCAGAAGACCACCAGCCAUACAUCACUGCAGCACCAGGCCUCCAACCUAAGUUCCUUUCCUGUGGCAGUGUCUGGGCCCUGCUCUGGCACUUGGGGACAGCUGUGACCACACAUGCAAAGAAGCAGUUCUUCUGGAAGCUGUUCUCAGUGUGACUUGAUAUAUUUAAGGAUCAGCUAUAAGUAACUACACAAGUGGAAGCUGAUAGCUGUAGAUCCUGCUUGUAUGUAUCUGCUGCCGAUUGUUUUUAUGAAGGUUUUCAUGAAUUUUAGUACACUAUAUGCACUGACAAGUAGUGAUACUUGGUUGGUAGAUGAGAUGACCAGGUUUUAUAGCUUUGCCUGGCCUAUGAUGCCAGUUAGUCCCUUUGCCCUUACCCUCUUUGCCCAUGGUUCCUUCUGGUGGAGCCAGUGAGACCUGGUCUGAAGAUACAGGUAUCCUGUAUUACCUGCUUUGUCUGUUUCCCAUUUUCCUCUGAAAAAGUUAUAACUGAAAGGAGUAUUUCAGGCUAUUUUGGCUUAAAAUAAAACAAAAUUUUAGCACCAGAACUACUUUUCAGAGAUUAGUCAAGAUAUUGAACUGUCAAGAUACUGAGUGUUAAUCUGAUUGGCUCUUGGGUUGCAGUCUAUUUUUUUUAUUAUUAUUACUAUGUCUUAAUGCCCUGACAGCUGUCUUCUCGAUACCUAAGCUCCCACCUUCAAUGAAUUCUAACAACUGUUUUUUAACAAAGAUUUUUACACAAUCAAGUCCAUCUGUUCAUCAAUUUUUAAAGCUUUUAUGAUGUUUUAGAAUUUGAAAAGAAACUUUUGCAGUGAAAGUGAAAGAUAGAUUUAGAAUCAUGCAUUUCAACAGAUGGACUUGCAAUAAAUAGAAAACAAGGCCUUCAGUGGCUGCAGCCCCUCACUGACCAAGAGCUGGCAUUGCACAUGACAAGUAGUUAAUGGCUUCUCUGGAUUUCAGGUGUGGCUGUUCUGUACUGCCAGGCCUGGUGGCAGAUUUAGUUUUUUUUUUUUUUGUCCACCUAUGCUCACUGUUUAGCACCUGGAGAUGGGUAUUAAGUAUAGGCAUAUUGAGAGCCUGAGUCUUGAUCAGUAUUGGCCUACCCCAAUAUCUGCUCAGAGGGGCUGUACUCAUGUUCUCAGGUAUGUCUCAUCUAUACCUGAAGAUACAUGAUGGCAUAUGUUGUUAGAAAGACAGGAUAGCAGCUAUGGGCAUCCCAACACUAUAUCUAUCCCCCCACCCCCCCCCAAUCACCUGUGUGACAGCAAUUAACUUCUGUGUUAAUCUUGGCAAAAGAACCUUCCAAAUCAAGUUGCUGGGACUGGAUACUUGAUUCCUUCUUUCUUGCCUUCCAUUCACAGUUGUGAUUGGGCUUUUGACUGACCAUUGCCCUUCAGACAGAUUUGCCUUUGAGAAAGCAUGAACACAUGUACAUGGUCAAGGUGAACUCUCUAUAGACCCACUGGCCCAGCCAAUGUCAACAACAGGUGCUGCAACACUCCUGGUCUCCAGUGCCCUCCCUGUCUCUUAGGUGGGUGAGUCUUAAAUGCACAGCCAUGCUACAAUGCUGGAAGCCUGUGUAGAUGCUGCUGGCCAUGGCUGUAGACACACCCUGAUGGUCUGAACACAUAAAACUGUCCAAAAGGGAA